UCCUAAUUCGUCAGUCGUCACUUUCCCUUCUUCCUCUCCAUGCUUUCACUGUCUCCGAAAAGCAGAAACAGCAAAUCUCUCUCUCGUUCGCUUGCUUUUCACAGAGAUGGAGUAUGUUAGCCCCGAGGGUCUUCGCUUAGAUGGCCGUCGUCCUAUGGAGAUGAGACAGAUUCGAGGAGAAUUAGGUGUAGUUGCCAAGGCCGAUGGUUCUGCUCUUUUUGAGAUGGGUAACACCAAGGUCAUUGCUGCAGUGUAUGGUCCGAGAGAGGUGCAAAAUAGGAGCCAACAAAUUAGCGAUCAGGCACUGGUGCGCUGUGAGUAUAGCAUGGCUAAUUUUAGUACCGGAGAUCGCAUGAGAAAACCAAAGGGUGACAGGCGAUCUACAGAGAUAUCUUUGGUUAUUCGCCAGACAAUGGAAGCAUGCAUACUGACUCAUUUAAUGCCUCGUUCUCAGAUAGACAUUUUUGUCCAAGUUCUCCAAGCAGAUGGAGGAACACGAUCGGCAUGCAUCAAUGCUGCAACCUUGGCCCUAGCAGAUGCCGGGGUUCCUAUGCAUGAUCUUGUUACCUCAUGCAGUGCUGGAUACCUCAAUAGCACCCCUCUGCUAGAUCUAAAUUAUGUUGAAGAUAGCGCUGGAGGUCCUGAUGUUACUGUAGGAAUUCUACCUAAAUUGGACAAAGUGACUCUGCUUCAGAUGGAUGCAAAGCUACCAAUGGAUAUCUUUGAGAAUGUGAUGCAACUAGCAAUGGAAGGCUGCAAGGCAGUAGCAAGUUACAUACGGGAAGUAUUGUUAGAAAACACUAAACAACUGGAGUAUCGCAGGGGCGUAUAGGCUAUAAAUCGGGGGAUGCCAUCCUGGCUCUUUGAUGCCUAAAUUGUACAUCGCAGAACUAUGAGUCUAUGAAUCUCAGCUGGUACAUGAGUAUUUUCAAUACGGCCAGUACGAAAAUUGCUCGUUUUCUUGUUUUCCAGGGGGGCAUCCCACAUCUUUGGGUCGUCUGGUUUACAGAGGAAGGUCAUUUUGGGGGGCUACAAUCUGGCAUUCUUCCUGGGGCUGAUGCAACAUUUGGAGGCCGCACUUCACUUGCCGAACUUAAUAUAUCUAACUUUUAUUGCCGAUGCGCAUUUCUUUUCAUCAUUCCCUCUAAAUUCUUGUAGUCGCCACACAUAAUAUGUUAUUUCACCAUUCCAUAGAGAUGAGUGGGACUACCGUUCCACCGAGCAAAGAUAAACAGCCUUAUAUCAUGUUAA